AAAGACUACGGUCGACAGGAAGUAGAAUCCACUUGUUAAACACUCAACAUACAUAUACAUACCUACACACACGCACACAUACCUACACACUCGCACACACACACACACACAGAGACAGACGUCAGAAUGGCAUAUCUUUUGUGAUCCUGAGAAACUGGCUUCUGAGCGCUCUUUUUCAAAUGGUGGUGGUGGUUGGUUUUAAAGGAAAUCACUAUUAAAACAUUGCAGUCGCUCACGAAAGCAUGUCAACUAUUUCUCCACGAUGUUAUGAAGCUAUUUGGCAAGGAAGUCAUCCAGCCCUUUAUUACAACAUUAGCACCUUGGACUUCGUAAAACUGGGUUCACAUAUCGGAUUUUCUUAUACAGGAAAUUUUUACCGAUUGCAAACAACAAAUCUUCGAGUUUGGUGACGUCCACAGGAUCGUUACAAGGAAACACACACUCAAACGAAAUACACACUCUUCACACACACACACACACACACACACAACACGCACACACAACACACACACGCGCGUGUUUGGAGUUAAUCGUCAGAGAACGUUUUGAUCUUAUAAGAUUUAUGUUGAGUUUAAAACCUUCUCUUCUAAUUCUCUUGUCUCUAAAUCUGAACUUCACACACACACACACACACACACACACACACAGAGUGCGUGUAUGAUUAAUGUAAACAUCUAGGUGUGUAAACUGCGAUUCGUAACAGCUGACUCGAAGAGGAAGUGUGUGCACACGCAUACAUAUAUACACACAUAUAUAUAUACAUCCUGUUGCUCUUUCCACCAGUUGUCAUAUGAACUUGCAACAGGUAAACAUUUGAACCUGGUCAAAAGCACCGCACCGGUCCUUCACCGCGAAUCAGAUCUUCCUAAACAUAUACACUUAUGUGGAUAUAAUAUAUAUAUAUCUACCUAUAUAUCUGUCAGUGUAUAUACUAAUUCUAUUUCGACAUGUCUUUGGAGGACAAAUAUUUACCGGCCGAAACCUGGUCCCUGUCCUCGUCGUCCAGCGAGGAUCUCCAUGUCGGAGGCGAGGACGACGCCGGCGGAGGCGAGGACGGCGGCGGCGACAAGCGACGAUCCAAAAAGAAAAUGUCGCGAAUUAAAAGACAUUCGUCCCUCUUGAAGAAACUACUCAGGAAACACACCAUGGAUGGUCAAUUAUACUGUGAACCGCACUUUCCUCAUGACUCGGUCAGUUCACCAUCCGCUCUCACAAAUGAUAAGGACAAGAUGUUUGAGUUGUUGGAGAGAAUGCAGAGUGACAGAAUAGAUAACCAAAGGUGUGACAUGUCAACAUUUCACAAGAGGGCAUCCAACAACAACACGCCAACAUCCAACAGCUCCAACCAUAUCUCCAGUGGAGCCGGUAACAAAGUCCAGUCUCCGUCACUCGGAGACAUGUCUCACACAUCCAACAACAGCAACUGCUCUAGUAUUAGCAGUAGCAGUAGCAGUAACAACAUGCCGGUUCCAGACAACCAAAAAUCCAGAAAAGAAGGGCCACAAGAUUUCUUUGAUACCAUCAUGAACCUCCAGUCUCGUCGUAUCGAUGACCAACGUUGUCCUCUUCCUCAAACGUUGACACUUUCCUUACCUCUCCAGGAACCAGAGGCAGAGGUCCCGAAACAGGAUGAAGAUAUUGUCAGAGAGAUGCUGUCCAGACCUGGGCCUUACCCCAUGAUCGUUCAGAUGCAAGCAAAUGGUUACCGGCUGGAAGAACCGAGCCACAACCCUGGCAAGGUCAAGUUAGAGACUUCAAAGUUUGAAGAUGCGAAAGUAUACCGCAAAGAUUUUCGUGGUAAAGAACAUAUUAAUUACAUAAUGUAUGAUGAAACCAUUGGACCAAUUGUGAUGUCAAUAAAGUUAGAAAAUACGUCUUCACCAGAACAGAUUUACAUUAUAUUAAGGACACGGCAGUUUACAAAACGGAAACUCGUUCAGUUCAAUAGAAAUGAUAAUCCGACACCGCAGAGUCUAGCAAGGGCCCUUCUUGAUGAAAUAAAUGUUGAAAGGUUUUCACCUUCCUUAUCACUCAAGGCAUCUGACCUAAUCAUGGAUUAUGAUGAACAUGUUUUGUGUACUACUUAUAAGUUUGGCAUCAUUUACCAACGUUUUGGCCAGGUAAAAGAAGAAGACUUGUUUGGAAAUAGGAACCAUGGACCUGCUAUGGAUGAAUUCUUACAACUUAUCGGAGAUCGAGUGAAGCUGAAAGACUUUCCUCAUUUUCGUGGAGGACUCGACACGAGUUAUGGCCAAACUGGAGAUUAUUCAAUCUACACCAACUUCAGGGAUAAUGAGAUCAUGUUUCAUGUCUCAACUUUGCUCCCUUAUUCAGAAGGGGAUUCACAACAGUUACAGAGGAAACGACACAUCGGCAAUGACAUUGUAGCAAUAAUCUUUCAAGAGUCGAACACUCCAUUUGUGCCUGGUGCCAUUGCAUCGCAAUUCAUCCAUGCUUAUAUCGUCAUUCAACCGAUCAACCCAAACACAGAUGACGUUAAAUAUAAGGUUGCAGUGACUGCUCGUGAUAAUGUGCCGUCUUUUGGCCCUUCGUUGUCACAACCAGCUAUCUUCAACAAGGGACCGGAUUUUCGAGAAUUUGUCCUCACAAAACUCAUCAACGCUGAACUUGCUUGUUUCAACGCAGCCCAAUUCGCUAAACUUGGGGACCGAACUCGUGCUGCUUUGCUAGACUCACUGUAUGAUGACCUUGACAAGAGUAAUGCCGAGAUUUUUGGAGCUUCAGGAUCGAAACAAGAAGGAAUGAAAUUGAUAAACUCCUUCAAACGAGUGUUGAGCGGGAAGACCAGGACUCAGCCCCUUGAUUCACGAGACAACAGGAAAUCGAAUGGUUUGCCUGCGCACUUGCCAACGGUUGGUGAAGAUGAGAAAACCCCACCAGUGGUCAAGAAAUCCCCAACCAACUUCAACAGCCUAACUCGCAAUUUCUCUGGAGGUUUUGACAAAAAGAACAAAAUGAAUCGAAUCGAUAGUCAGAGCAGCCAGUCAACGUAUCGAACAUGCAGUACUCCCCCAAGCCCACAGUCCAGUCCUAGCAGCUCAAACUCCACAUCAAGGUUACGGCACAACAGCUCACAGUUGUCCCCCUCAAACUCUGAAAGUAGUUUUAACAGUAUGGAAGACUACACAGUACAACAGACCAGCCAAGACCACGAAGACAGUGACACAGGCCUGGAAAGUAUGUCUUCUGUUGGCACCCCCUACACUACUAUGAAGAAUUCCUUGUCAAACAGUUUCAGCGAAGAUGGAGCCAGUGUGUCAAUUCCAGAGUCAGAAGUGGAAUCACUUAAAGUAGAAAUCCAGAAAUUGAAACGAGAGAAGAGUGAACUCCAGUCACAAAGUCAAGCUCACCUCAGAGAAAACCGGCAACUCAAAGACCACGAGAAGAAAUUACUAAACGAAAUCUCAGCACUAAAACGAAAAUGUCCCAUUAUCGAUUCAAGUACUGAAGCUACAGUUUGAAUGAAACCUUUCCCCCUUUUUUUAGUCUCUUUCGCUUCCCCCUCAUUCGCUGCUCUCUUUCUCUCUUCUCUGUGCAAUACAUCCCCCAGUGGAACCACAAUCACUCCACCCUGACUCUUUCACCACAGCUGUUGAUUUCGUUGUUAUAAUAACUCAACAUCAUUGUGUUUCUAAUGAACAACAUCAUCACCGCAACAUCAAACUCAGUUGAAUUGUUUUAGUUUUGUGGGGUUUUAAUCAGAGAUUUCUUCUUUACAAGAGAAUUUUUUUAAAAAUGUACAUACCUGCAGAGACUCCUUACACUUCCAGGUCUGCUACGUGCAUACUUUUUCAAAUAUCUGAUUUGUGUAUAUAUAAUAAUAAAAAAAAGGGCCAUGUCUCUCUCUCUCUCUAAUUUUAACAUUUAUUUAAGUGUAAUACUGAGUGGGGGGGGUGAAGGGAGAAAUCUUUAAAAUCAUUUUUAGUUUUCUUCCCCCAACAAAGACGUUCCUAGUUUCUGUAAAAUGUCUUACAAUGAAGCUUCCGUUUCUGUGUAGGGGCCACACACACACACACACACACUUAUAAUUAUAAUAAAUGUGUUAAUUAUAAUCUAGAAUGUUGGCUAAUACAUCUUAUUCCCAGAGUCUCAUCUCGUUAACCAAUUAAGUGAUAUAGUGGGGGGCGGGGGGGGGGAGCAGGGAAAAGAGCAAAAUGUAUUAUUUUUUUUUCCUGUAUUUAUUUAAUUUCUUUCUUUCUCCCCCCUCCCCCCAGCCCCACCCCCUCCACAUCCCAUUCUUACAAAAAUUAUGUUAUUAAAUCAAGUCCCACUUGAUUCGUCCAUUGCUUUCCAAAGCAGCCAAUCACAGCCAUUCACACAAGUGUCGGUAAAUGUGGCCAGCUGUAGCAUCCGCUCAGAUGAUACGGCUUCAAGGGAAUCUAACCUCCCCUCCUCCCCUCCCCACUGCUGUAUAUAAUUAAUUUGUCUCGUCGAUUUGAUUACCCAUUUCAACUGUAAUUAGACUAUAAUUAUUUUAAUUUUGCUGUUGUUUCCGAUUUCCAAAUGGUGCUGUAUAUGUCGUUUACCUUCUUCUUCUAAUUCUGCUGUCAUUUGCACCCCAAAAACCCUUUCAAUAUAGUCCUUUCCCUUUUCUUUACACUUUUACACUCCAACACAAUUUUAAUGGAAGCAACCACUUUACACUUUCCGCCAUUUUUUGUAAAUAACCAAGGAAAGCUUAUUUCAUAGACCCUGACUAUUUUACACAGUCCGCCCCUUUCUCUAAUCUCUCUGGGUUCACAGUGUUCUAGAUAUUGAAACCCCUCUUAUUACAUUCACUCUUGCCACAGCAAUGAGCAGGUGUUGCAUUCACAAACGCAACUCGUUAAACAAGGUUAAUUAAACAGAAAAACACAGCAAAACCAGCCACAUCCGAUUCUAUUUUAUAUUGGCUGAUCUUAGUUCCAUUCUCUUUCCUCCAGAUAAAAUGAUAUUUUUCUAUAUUCCAUUCUUGAUACAAGACCAUAGUUAUAAUUCCUUACCAAAUAGUCUUCCCCCACUCACCAUUCUUUAACAGGGGUGCAUUUUGGGCGGGAGCGGAAUAUUCUCACAUCUAACCUUUCAACACAUCCAACCCAUUCUCCCCUUUUCUUCUUCAUUCUGAAUAUGGAAUAUUUUUUCAAACAAUUCUCUUCUCCUCCUCCAUCAACUCUAAGAUAGAAUAAGACAAAUCUUUUUUCUAAAAUAAUAAUCACAAAAUACAAAUUUUUAAUCAGAGAAAGGACAAAAACUUUAAAAAAAAAAAAAUACAACCAAAACAAAUGUAAUAAAAUAAUGAAAUUUUCAGGUAAAUUAUUCUUCUUGCUAUUUUGUCUGUCCAUCUGUAUAUAUGUGAAUAAAUCUUUAACUCAAACACA